AUGAGGAAUCCACUGUCCGAAGUGGCCCUGACAUUAUGGCUAUUUCUGGAGUGUGUAGAAGCCAAAAAGUACUGCUGGUAUUUUGAAGGCGGAUACCCCAUCUACUUCAUAUGUCGCUCCUAUGAGGAUUGCUGUGGGACUCGCUGCUGUGUGAGAGCCCUGUCCAUCCAGAGACUAUGGUACUUCUGGGUGCUGCUGAUGAUGGGAGUAUUGUUCUGCUGUGGUGCUGGCUUCUUUGUCCGCAGAAGAAUGUAUCCAUCCCCUCUGAGAGACGAGCCAGCUUUCAACGUCUCCUUCACCAGGCAGCCUGUCAGCACACCAGUUUCCCAGCAGCCAGGGGGUAUGCAGGGUUUUGGGGUUAACGGGAUGACAGGUGGCGACACAGGGGUUACCAUGACACACCCGGCACAGCCUGGCUCCGCCCAUAUGAUGAUGGGCGCCUACCCUCCACCUCCGUCCUACUGCAACCACCCGCCUCCGUCCUACGAACAAAUAUUUCAAAACAGCGACAAGAAGUAACUUCCACAAGGAACUCGGGAUAUGGUACUUGGCAAGGAAAAAGGGAAGGAGGACACGAGAGGCUGAAUUUUCAGGAAGUUUGGAUGAAGAUCAGGAAGAUGAAAGCCUGCCAAUUGAUGCAAUUCAACUGUUUGUGGAUGUAAGACUUGGAAGACACACAAUCUCUUGUCCUGGGGAUACAGUAACCAGAAUCUAGAUGCACAAACACACUCUUUUACUCACACACACUGCUUCAUCUGCAGUGCUUCAUAUGCUCUUGAUUUAUGUGGAUCUAUGUGUACAGUGAUAAUCCCAGCCUUGUUGAACUGAAGACGAGCUAGGAUGCACCCGUUCAGGUUUUGGAUUCACCCACUGUCACCUGUCUCCUCCACCUUCCCAAUGCAACUACAGCUAUAACUUUGCAGAAUGGAACAGAAAAUGACAAAACUCAAACUCAUAAUGUAUUAAAAUGCUGGAUACUGUUUGUCUCAAUGGACAAUGUUUAAAUAAUUGUUUAGAAAUACUUUCAACUGAACAGCUGACAAAUGUAAUCAACAUUUUGUAAAGGACUAUCUCUGUACAAACCAUUCUAAAAAGCAAUUUCAAGGAUGGCAUUGACUUAUUUUCCAUCCAGCAUUUUACUGCAAGAUGGGCUCUUUACUAAGCAAUGAGUUCUUGAUCCAUUUUUUAUUACAGUGUGUGUAGUCCCGUUAUGUAAUGACAUAAUGAUCUGCUCCAGCAGUCACUUGCUCAUGCUCUGUUAGCAGCAAUGAAGACUUUAGUUGACUACAAGAUGAAUCGGACAAGUACAGAGUGACGCUGAGAUGGAAAAGUGGCAGAUGUAUGCCACUCCAUUUCUGGUGUCCUAUGCUGUGGUAUGUCUCUUUGCUGGUUGGUAUGUUGCUGCUGUUCAUAUGGGAAAUGUCCCUUUUGUUCCACCACACCCCACUGGCAUAUCGAGAUUCUGCCACUGACAUGUGCCCCUCUUCAUGGCAUAACAUUAUACUGGAAGAUAACCACUCCUUCAAUGCAGCUGUCAUUGAUGUAAUAAACACUAUACUUUUCUGGCAGUUAGUCUAUCCCUAGCUACAUAUUAAUCCAAUGGAAUCGCCAACAAUAAUGGAUUUACUCACAGGGCAAAAGUAAAUCCAUGCAAAGUUGAGUUUGGGCCACCAAAUUUACGCCACUUAUCAAAAACAAAUUGACUUGACGGUGCUGACUUACGAUAGCUAUCCACCGGCCAGCUAGUGUGUUGGCAGUUAGCUCACCAGCAGAACAGUAGUUCACCAACUAGCCAUGGUAGUGUUGUGAAUAUGUCACCAAGCUUUUGGAAUAAAAUAUUUUGCAAAGACA